GCAAUCGUGUUACUUUUCUACUUCCUUAUCCUUUCCGUUAAUUUCAAGAGUGAUCAUGAAAGUAUCGUCUCUGGCCCGGGGAUUGCUCAGUGCAAUAAAAUCAAAUGCGAGAUGUUCUACCCGUUCACAUUUCACAUAUUACCCCACUAAAUUAGCUGAGGGCACCCACGAUGUGCAGAAAAUGAAUAUGUUCCAAGCCAUAAACAAUGCAAUGGAUCUGGCUCUUGAGCAAGAUUCGUCAGCAUUAUUAUUUGGAGAAGAUGUUGGCUUUGGUGGAGUUUUUCGCUGCUCUAUGAACUUGAGGGAUAAGUACGGAAAAGAUCGGGUUUUUAAUACGCCCUUGUGCGAGCAAGGCAUUGCUGGAUUUGCAAUUGGUGUUGCUAAUACUGGCACUACUGCAAUAGCCGAAAUUCAGUUUGCUGAUUAUAUAUUUCCAAGCUUCGAUCAAAUCGUGAAUGAGGCUGCCAAAUAUCGUUAUCGAAGUGGGGGAUUAUUCGACUGCGGUUCGUUGACUUUCCGAGUUCCUUGUGGCGCUGUUGGACAUGGGGCUUUAUAUCACUCACAGAGUCCCGAGGCAUACUUCGCACAUACCCCCGGUCUACGUGUUGUGAUUCCACGUGGUCCAAUUAAGGCAAAGGGGCUGUUGUUGGCGUGCAUAAAAGAUCCGAACCCAUGCAUUAUGUUCGAACCUAAAACCUUAUAUCGUGCUGCAGUGGAGGAAGUACCAGUGGAAUCUUAUGCAGAUGAUUUGGGAAAGUGCGAUAUUUUACGCGAAGGCAAAGAUAUUACCCUCAUUGGCUGGGGUACACAAAUUCAUGUCCUUUUGGAGGUCGCAGAUCUGGCAAAAAAGGAACUGGAUAUAGACUGUGAAGUUAUAGAUUUGGUUUCCGUUUUGCCAUGGGACACUCAGACAAUUUGCAAUUCUGCUAAUAAAACUGGACGCGUUUUGAUUGCCCAUGAAGCGCCUUUUACUCAAGGAUUCGGCUCUGAAUUAGCAGCAUAUAUACAAGAAAAAUGCUUUUUACGUCUUGAAGCACCCAUAAAAAGGGUCACUGGCUGGGACACACCAUUCCCCCAUGUUUUCGAACCUUUCUAUUUACCCGACAAGCACCGAUGCCUAACCGCUCUUAAAGAAAUCAUCAAUUAUUGAUGCAAUAUCAU